AUGAUGAUGUCCACUGGUUCUUUUGUCAUUGCUGCCAAUCCUGGCAAGAAGAUUUCUCUUGAGCAUGCCACCCAUCAAUGCCCUCGCUGCAAGAACCCAACCUCUGUACAACUUGUUCGUUCCGAAAAGCAGUUGAUUUUGCUUAACAAAAAGAUUACCAACAACAUGCAUGUGCGCUACGAAUGUUCAAACUGCAAAUGGAAGAAGGCCGAGCUACCUGAUGAUGAUACCACCCUUGACGACAUCCAGAAAAUUCUUGAAAGAGACCCCAAACCUGAGCAAUUUACUUACUACUUUUCGCCGGUAUCAUCCAUUUCCUCCUCCGCAUCAUCAUCAUCGUCGUCAUUGUCUUACUCAAAAUCACCUGCCACAAUCUCCUCAUAA